CAUAAGAAAAGGGGUUAUCUCGUUAGUGUAACAUCCAAGCCCAAUUUCGGCCAAUUGGGCCCGUGUAGGGGCCUUAAUACCUUAUUCCAUCAUGGUUAGAGAACCCAAAAAACCAAAUAAUGUUGGUGCAACAAACCAUAACUACACCAGAUUGGUCCCAUUUUUGUAUAAACCUGUCAAAAUCAGAAGACAAACGAUUUAGCAAACGCAAGUCUUGGUCGCCUCUUCUCAUUUUGCAGAUCCACCAUCUUCAUCUCUCAGUCUCACUCUUCUCCCCAAGUCCCCAAAAACUCCUAAUACUUCCGAAUUCCGAAAUCCAUAACUCCCAGUAAUGGCUUCGAAACCAAACCCAACCAACAAUAGAAGUCCCAAGAGCACCAGCAUCAGUAAUCCUCCCAGUAGCAUCAAUUCCCCGAUCUUCUUCUCCUCUGAGUCUCUUCACUCCAUGCUUUCCCACCACACCUUAAUCCAACACUUUCAUUCUUCUCUCCCCACAGUCUCCUCCACUAUCAAUACCCUUAUCCGCCAAAACUACCCCGUUUCACCAUCCUCCUCUCUUCUCCUCAUGCCUUCCUGGUCUUCAUCCCCAUCUCUUCCCUACAUAGGCGUCAAGCUCGUCACUUAUUUCCCGCAGAACUCCACCCUAAACUUACCUUGUGUUCAUGCUAAUUACGUACUCUUCGGCUCAAUAACAGGGCAACCUUUGGCAUCAAUGGAUGGAACUGUAUUGACCCUUUACAGGACGGCAUGCGUAUCAGGCUUAGCUUCGAAAAUAUUGGCAAGAAAUGACAGCAAAGUCCUCGUCAUGAUCGGUGCAGGCGCAUUGGCACCUCAUUUGAUCAAAGCCCACUUAGCAGCCAAUCCCAGUUUGCAAAAGGUGAUAAUUUGGAACAGAACGAUUAAGAAGGCCGCCGACUUGGCUGAGAAUCUGCAAGGAAACAACGAAUAUAAUGGGGUUUGUUUCGAGAGCAAUGAGUCACUGGAGGGAAUCGUUGAACUAGGAGAUAUUGUCAGCUGUGCUACAAAUGCUGAAGUGGCGCUUGUUAAAGGCGAGAAACUCAAGGCAGGGGCGCACUUGGAUUUGGUUGGCUCGUUUAUGCAUACAAUGAAGGAAUGUGAUGAUGAGGCAAUAAGACGAGGGAGAGUUUACGUUGAUAAUGCAGCGGCUCUGGUAGAGGCAGGAGAGCUGGUGGGUGCUUUCGAGAGAGGGGUGAUUGGGAAGGAAGAUAUUGGGGGAAAUUUGGUUGAGCUGAUCAAGGGAGAGAAGGUAGGGAGGACAAAUUCUGAGGAGAUUACUGUGUUUAAAUCUGUUGGUUCUGCCGUUGUGGAUAUCCUAGCAGCACAAUUGGUCUACGAAACCUAUACGAAGAACAAGUGUUGAGACAUGUCUUUGCUGGGCUCCAUUUACUCUCAUCGCGUGUUAAAUAGCUAUAAAAUAAUGUCUCUCCUUUAUCUCCCAAGAGCAAUGAAAUUAUCUAGCUUUUACUUUUUAAGCUUAUUCA